GCUCGGCGUUUUGUCAUUAAUUUCACGCUCGCUGUAGUAUUUCGCUGCAGUUUAAAAAAUCGAUUUUCACAAUUAGUACCGGCCUUGUACCUCCAACGUUAAUAACGGGCGUUCGUUUGAUCGUUUCAUUAGUCUACAUGAUAAAUGCUUACCGGGAUGUUGGAUUCGACAUGGGGAUUUUGGCCGAAACCAGCUUACUGUCAAGAGGCUUCCAACGACUUUCCGAAGCGAGCGACCACAGAACAAUUGUCAGAGGUGUUCAACAAAUAUGCCACCAUAGAAAAGCAAGGGGAAAAAUAUAUCAAUGCUGUUGAUUUCAUAAAAAAUUAUUUGGGGAUUUUAAACACACCGUCUAGUGAUUUUGAUUCGUUAAAGUUGUUAAGCGGAAUUGUCGACACUAGUAAAGAUGGGCUUAUAUCAUUUGCAGAAUUUCAAACGUUUGAAAGUCUGUUGUCCGAACCAGAUGCUUUGUACAAAGUCGCAUUUCAGUUGUUUGAUAUUAAUGGCAAUGGAGUUAUCUCAUAUGAUGAAUUUGUGGCAGUGGUUAAAAAAACGGACCUUUAUUUGAAAAUGCCUUUUAAUUUGGAUAGCCAAUUUAUGAAACUGUAUUUCGGAGAGAAAAAAAAUCGCCUUAUUAAUUAUUCAGAAUUUGCCCAAUUUUUACAUGAUUUUCACGAAGAAUGUGGGACGGAAAUUUUCCGUAUUUAUGACAAAGGCGGAACAGGAUUUAUUUCAGCAAAUGAUUUUCAUGAUAUUAUGUUACUGUCCAAAAGCCAUUUGUUAACAAACAGCGUUCGAGACAAUUUAUUAGCCGUUGCCGGAGGAGGUCAAGGCAUGAAUCGUGUGAGUUUUCCAUAUUUUAUGGCUUUUGUUUCACUUCUAAACAAUAUGGAACUAGUGAAACGGAUAUAUUUAAAUGCUAGCAAUGAAAGUCGAACUCGAGAAGUAACUAAAGACGAGUUUUUGUAUUCUGCUCAAGUGAUGUCUCAAAUUACACCUUUAGAAGUUGACAUAUUGUUUACCUUGUGUCAUUUAUUAUACCAAAGGCCUGGUAAAAUAGUUUACAAUGAUUUGAAGGCUCUUACACCAGAACAAUAUUACAAAGAAAUACACAAUCGUAGAAUAGCCGAAAUUCACACAGUAUCUAGUCCAUCCGAUAGAGGAGUUUUUAUUCAAGUGUUAGAAAGUGUUUAUCGGUUUACUCUAGGAUCCAUAUCAGGAGCUAUUGGGGCGACUACAGUGUAUCCAAUUGACUUAGUAAAGACAAGAAUGCAAAAUCAAAGAGCCGGAUCAUUUAUUGGUGAACUCAUGUACAGAAACAGUUUUGACUGUUUUAAGAAGGUUAUUAGGCAUGAAGGAAUUUUCGGUCUCUAUCGAGGACUGUUACCCCAAUUGAUUGGCGUGGCUCCUGAAAAAGCUGCAAAAUUGACAGUUAACGAUUUAGUCAGAGAUAAGCUCCGUCAAGAAAACGGUGACUUGUCUAUACCGGCAGAAAUUGUGGCUGGUGCUUGUGCUGGCUUCUCGCAAGUAAUUUUUACCAAUCCACUUGAAAUCGUCAAAAUCCGUCUGCAAGUCGCCGGUGAAAUAGCAUCGACGAAGAAACUCAGCGCACUUACCGUUAUCAAAGAACUGGGCUUCUUUGGCUUAUACAAGGGGGCUAAAGCGUGCUUCCUUAGAGAUGUACCGUUCAGUGCCAUCUAUUUCCCGGCGUACAACCACGUGAAACAUUCAUUUGCUGAUAGUAAAGGAUACAACCAUCCACUGUCAUUGUUAGCGGCCGGAUGUAUUGCGGGAGUUCCUGCUGCUUCUCUGGUGACGCCGGCAGAUGUUAUAAAAACUCGUCUACAGGUUGUGGCUAGAGAGGGCCAGACUACUUACAACGGACUGAUCGAUUGUGCGAUGAAAAUUUACAAAGAAGAAGGUCCCAGGGCGUUCUGGAAAGGAACGGCCGCUCGCGUAUUUCGAUCUUCACCACAAUUUGGAGUUACGCUUUUAUCUUAUGAACUUUUACAGAGGUUAUUCUAUGUUGAUUUCGGUGGCUCGCGACCAUCGGGUUCAAAACAUCUAGUCACUGUACACGGCGCCGGCGACGGAGUUGUACCAACAAACCCAGACCAUAUAGGAGGUUAUCUCGCUGUGUUACCAAUACUGGAAGGAAUAGAGUCCAAAUUCGGUCUCGUAUUUCCAAAAAUAAAUCCGAAAAAUCAUCAGAGAAAAAUAUAA